AUGGACGUGUCCUCCGAUGAGAAUGACGACGAGUCGCGUCCUCGCAAGAAACGCGCUCUCGAGUCGAACAACUGCAACACCCCUGCCUCAGCGCCCACACCACCCCCCGCGCCCAAGUGGUCUAACCCAGAUCCAUAUACAGUUCUACCGCCACCAGAUGAAACUCAGUCAAAGAGAGUGGACGUGGUCAAGCUGAUCCGGAAGGCUCGGCUAGCUGCUAGCGCGCAACCAGCGAAAACGGAUGCAGUAGCAGACAACGAAGACUUCAUUUCGCUAGGGGGCCUGGUGGACGAGGAAGAAAGCAAAUACCAGCCUCCGCAGGACGCGCCCAUGGGCCCAAGGAGCCAAAUGCAAGGAAGAGAUUCUGCGAUUGGAAGCCGGAAGAGAACACAUGACGAUGAAUUAAAGGGUGUUUCGAAGAAGACGGGCAAGCCUCUGAAUAAGUAUUACUCGGAUGGCUCAAUCAUUGACGAGUGGAGAGUGCGCCCGUCGGAGACCGGCGCGCCUUGGUUCAACCAUAUGACGCCUACAUUGCACUUGGGUACAAGGCUGCACAACGAAAUUCUGUCCUUUUAUCAUUGGGUGAAACCAGUGCAAUACGAACAGAUUGUCCGAGCGGACUUGAUUGAACGACUCCAGACUGCCUUUCAAAGCAGAUAUUAUGGCGUGCAGCUUCGUGCAUUUGGUUCGUUCGCCUCAGGGUUAUACCUUCCAACUGCCGAUAUAGAUCUAGUUCUGCUUUCCUCCAACUUCAUGCGUCAUGGUAUCAAAACGUUUGGUGAACGAAAGGGGCAGAUUUACGCCUUCUCUGCAUUCCUCCGGAAUUUAGACAUCGCUGUACCCGGCUCAAUAGAGACGAUCGCGCAUGCUCGGGUUCCCAUCCUGAAGUUUGUGGAUAAAAUGACUGGCCUGAGAGUGGACUUAUCGUUCGACAACGAUAGCGGACUGGUCGCCAACAACACUUUUCAGCAAUGGAAGUGUGAAUAUCCGGCCAUGCCCGUUAUUGUUUCGGUGAUUAAACAAUUUUUGUUGCUUCGAGGGCUGAACGAAGUCCCUUGUGGCGGCUUGGGAGGAUUCUCUAUCACCUGUCUUGUGACAAGCCUUCUACAGCACCUUCCACAUGGCCCUACGUCGCAAAAUCUAGGCAGUGUCCUCAUGGAUUUCUUCGAAUUUUAUGGUCAUGACUUUGACUAUGAAACGGUUGGUAUACGGAUGGAUCCGCCAGGCUAUUUCAACAAGAGAGUGUACAAAGUCUACCGGGACAACAAGGAUGCGCGCCUCUCGAUCGAGGAUCCAAAUAACGCCGACAACGAUGUUUCCGGAGGAACACGCGAAAUAGCUUUGGUUUUCAAAUCAUUUAGGGAUGCGUAUCGCCUUUUGAAAAGCCGCAUGGUUUCGAUGGCUAUGGCAGGAGACCAACAAAACAGCAUUUUAGAAUCCAUUAUCGCAGCAAACUAUGAUGAAUACACCGAGCAAAGAUGGCAGCUGCGCCAAGUCUUCCAGACACACCCCAGAUUCGCGCAGUAUCAAGCUCCACCCUCGCCUCCUCCACCUCCUCAAAGCCCUCCACCGGCGGAUUCGGCUCCUCCUCCACCAUUGCCGCCCAACUCUCCACCUCCCUCCCAGGAGCCCAAGGAGAAGUUAACCAAGCUGCAAAGGAAACAGCAAGCCUCGCGGGAACGUGCCGCGCGUCUGAAGCGAUUGCGGCCCGACUUGACUUCCGUUCCAGAUUCUAUCACCAAUGAACAAGCCUUGAUUGUCGGCGGCUAUAAAAGCCAGUCUGACAUGGACAAAGAUCUCGCCACCCGCGAGAAAGAAAUGAAGUAG